AUGGAGACCGACAACGAUGUUCAGUAUGAGUUGGACUGCUCCAGCAUCAUGGAUGAUGGAUACCUUGCGGGCAACGAAGACACCCGCACGAUUCUGUGGAGACAUGUUGAAUUCUACAUUGUGCGCAAUCCCGUACCGGGAUGCUACCACAUUCUAGCCGCCGUCAUGACACUUCUCCAUACGAAAGGGGAGGAUCGGAAGCCUCAAAUAAAGCGGUUUGUGGUGGAACAUGAAGAGAACCUAAUAUUCGACCUGCUCUCCCAGCUCUUGGCAUUGGGGCUGCAUGACGACAUUUUUGCAGCCACAAUCGAAGAUGUCGCGAUACCAAAUCAAUUCUGGCCCACCGAAAGGGAAUCCAACUGA